AGAAAAACAGAUGCUAAAGGAAGGAAGAGGCGGACUCUAGUUGUUGCUCUAACUCUCCUCUAGGGAACCGGUCCAGUCAAAGUCAGCAGACAUGAAGGAAGCAGCUGCUCAGCGUCUGAUCUUUCUGAUCUCACUGCUGUUCUGGACAUCAGGUCAAGUCCUCCCAGUUAGUCUGACUGUGAUUCCCAGCAGAUCUCAGUUCUUUGAACAUGAAUCAGUGAUUCUGAUCUGUGAGGAUGAAAACGGAUCUGAUGGAUGGACUGUGAGGAGAAACGCAACCAGACACACCAGAGCUGAGUGUAAAGGAUGGGGAACACCAGCUGGUUCUACCUGUAACAUGGACUACCUCCUCCCAGGUGAUACUGGUCUGUACUGGUGUGAGUCCAUCAAUGGAUCCUCCAGCAGCAGCAGCAGCAUCCAGCUCUCUGUCUCUGGUGGAUCAGUGAUCCUGCAGAGUCCUGUCCUCCCUGUGAUGGAGGGAGAUGAUGUCACUCUGAGCUGCAGAGCAAAGAAUCCAACCCACAACCUCCCAGCUGCUUUCUAUAAAGAUGGCUCCUUCAUUGGUGAUGAAACUACUGGCAACAAGAUUCUCAACUCAGUGAAGAAAUCUGAUGAAGGCCUCUAUAAAUGUAAUGUCAAAGGUCAUGGAGAGUCUCCGUCCAGCAGGAUCUUUGUCAAAGAAAAACCAACAUCCACAGCCCCGCCCACUACAGAAGCCCCGCCCACUACCGAAGCCACUCCCACUACAGACGCCCCGCCUACUUGCUCACUUUCCCCUCUCCUCAUCAUCACUCUGCUCUGCCACCUGGUGGUGAUGUUCCUGUUCUUCAUCUGCUCUUUCCUCUUGGGGUUUUCAUUUGGACUCAGAACCAAAGGAAGUGACCCGUUACCAUGUGUGAAGAUGACUCUGCCCCCCCAGGCUGAGCUGGUACCAGAAGAUGAUGAUUGAUGAUGAUGAUGAUGAUGAUGAUGAUGAUGAUGAUGAUGAUGACGUCACCACAGAGCAUCACUUCUGAUCCAAACAGUCUCAUCCUGAUCUGCUCCUGCUG